UUUGACUGUGCUUUGACGUUUCUGUCAAGACAGGUUAAAAUAAAACAAACAACAAAAAUGACUUCAAUGUUCGAUCAAUUCGAGGAGCCCCAAUCUCAAGAUUUUAAAUAUGAAUCAAUUUCAGCGGCAGAAUUGAACGCAUUGGGUUACAUUCAAAUGAGGAUUGAGCCAGACGCCCCGAUUUUCCAAAAAACCAAGAAAAACCUUUUGAUACCCGAUAAAGUGAGUCAUGUUGCAGUGGGAAAUAAAUUUUUAUACAUUGCAAUGACGGCGAGUGGAACUUUAUUGAGAAUUAACUUAGCUAAUAGCCAACAAGAAGAGAUAUCGUUGACUCGAUAUUUAACUGGAAAUACCCUUUCAAAUUUGUUUCUAGACCCAACUGGAAAUCAUUUAUUUUUGAUGUUUAUGCCAAAUACUCCAACGGAUAGUUCUGAGAUGUAUUAUUUAUCAAAAAAAUCGAAUAAAUUAAAGAAUACCACGAAAUUUCGAGGUUAUAAAGUCACCGCAGUUGCUUGGAAUCCUUAUAAUGAGUCGGAAAUGAGUACUGGUCCUAUUUUAUUAGGAACUUCGAUGGGAUUAAUUUUUGAAACCGAGUUAGUUUUGGAAGGGGAGAAAUUUUUUACUUCUGGAUUUUCUUCGGGUAUUGAACAAUAUUGGAGGCAGCUGCCUAAUUAUUUGCCGUUAUACGGUAAUAAAGAAACGGACGGUUUGGUUUUCGAUAUUGGUCGAGGAACCCUCACCCCAAUUUCCGGAUUAUAUUUUUAUCAAAUCCCAUCGACGGAUAAAUAUUUCAUAUUAGCAGCUACACCUCAACGAUUGUAUUAUUUCGAUGGAAAAGUCAACAAAUCCGAGCGGCCCCUUUUACAACAAGUUUUUAAUAAAUACUUGAACGUACCCGAAGACGAAACUUGUUUUUUCACCGAAUCUAAUUUAAAAUAUUCCCGAUUACGAUUAUGGGGCGACUCGGUGAAGGAAACUCCGAUAACUUACGUUUGGAUGACUGAAAUGGGCCUAAGAUACGGAAAAAUUUCGCCGUUUUUUUCAAACGAUUCAAAGAAACCAAUAAAAGAAAUCAUCAAAAAACAUUCCGAUUUCAUUAAUUUCCCAAAACCAGCUUACGAUAAUUUAUCACAAACAACGGUGCUUCCAUUUAAUUUAAUAACGACUCAAUUUCAUGCUUUAAUUGCUUACAAUGAUUCAAUAAAAGGGAUGUCUUUGUUGAGUAAAGAGCUCGUUUAUGAGGAUAAUUAUAACGAGGCGUUUGGGAAAUUGAUAAACAUUGUGCAAGAUCAAGCAACGGGGAACGUUUGGGCGAUUACGGAACACCAAUUAUUUAAGUUUAUAAUUACUAAAGAAGAACGACAUGUUUGGCAAUUUUAUUGUGACCAAAAAGAGUUUGAUUUGGCGAAAAAGUUCACUAAAAAUAACGAAGUUCAUUAUAAUCGUGUAUUAAUAAAGGAAGCAGAGAUGCUGUUCCAUGAAAAGAAAUUCGUUGAAAGUGCUCAAUGUUACUCGGAAACUCAAUCGAGUUUUGAAGAGAUUUGUUUAAAAUUUUUCCAAGCCGAACAAUUGGAGGCGUUAAAAGUUUUUUUGUGUAAAAAAUUAGAUAAAUUAACGAUGCACGAUCAAGCUCAAAUAACGAUGAUUGUUUUGGUGGUUAUCGAGUUAUUUUUGGAAGAAUUAGAAGCUAUGCGAUUAAAAGGAGAAGAAAAAAAGAACGUUUAUCACGAUUUACAAAAACAGUUUGAGUCGUUUUUGGCUUUAAAACAAGUUUCCGAGUGCAUUAAAACGAAUAAGUCAUCAAUUUAUAAUUUAAUAUCGAGUCAUGGUGAUCGAGAUAAUUUAAAAAAACUUACGAUUGUUAAUAAGGAUUUUGAACAAUUAAUUAAGCAAAAUAUUUAUAAUAACGAUUUUUACGAAGCUUUAAACGUUUUAAAAGGACAAAAUAAUCGCGAACUUUAUUACCAAUUUACUCCAAUUUUAAUCCAAGAAGUUCCAGCACCAACUGUAAAAGCCUUAAUCGACCAAGGGCGCAAUUUAAUCCCCAUAAAAUUACUCCCAGCUUUCGUCAGCUGCCAAGAAUAUCAAUACACCCACAUUAUUCGUUAUUUAGAAUUUUGUAAGGAUAUUUUAAAAACCAAUGAAAAAGCUUUACACAAUUUAUUAUUAUCGUUAUAUUCUAAAUACGACCCGGAUAAAUUAAUAACUUAUUUGGAAUCGCAAGGAAAUAAUUCAAUGUUGGUCCAAUAUGAUGUUUAUUUUGCGUUGAGGUUAUGUCAAGAAAAUCCGAACUUAAAGGCAGCUUGUGUUAAGUUAUCCGCACUUUUGGGGAUGUGGGAAUCGGCCGUUGAUUUAGCGUUAACCAUCGAUGUCGAUAAAGCCAAAGAAAUCGCUAAUAUGGCACCGGAAAAUGAUGCGGAAUUAAGAAAAAAGUUGUGGUUAAGUAUCGCCGAGCAUGUCAUCAAAUCAAAAGAAAAUGAUGUUAUUGAUAAUAAUACACCAUCGAAAGACGUUGAAAAGGCCAUGAAAUUAUUACAAGAAUGCGAAUUAUUACGAAUCGAGGAUAUUUUACCGUAUUUUUCAGAUUUUGAUACAAUCGAUCAUUUUCGUAGUGCUAUUUGUAAUUCUUUGAAGGAAUAUAAUCAACAAAUUCAAGAUUUAAAAGAUGAAAUGGACGAAGCUACAAAAGCGGCUGAAUCGAUUCGCGAACAAAUCCAAUCUUUCCGUAAUGGUUAUACGAUUAUAAACCAUCGAGAUGUGUGUGACGUUUGUGAAAAAACUUUGAUGAUGAGAGCUUUUUAUGCGUUUCCGUGUCAACAUCGUUUCCACACUGAUUGUCUCCUUAAGGAAUUGACACCACAUUUAGGACCGGCCAGAAAAAAUAAGCUAUCUGAUUUACAUAAGCAAUUAAACGCGAUCAAUAACACCCAAACUUUUGAUAAUAUCAGUACUGGCUCGAGUGGGAUUUCGCGAAAAGACGUUUUAAAAGCUGAUAUCGAUAAUAUUAUAGCUUCUGAGUGUCUUUAUUGUGGUGAAAAUAUGAUUAGAAAUAUUGAUAUGCCAUUCUUUGAUGACAACGAAUUCGACAGAAUUAUUAAAGAAUGGGAAUAAUAAUUAUGUAAUUAAUAAAACACUUAUUUAGAU